UUUUUUAUUUUAUUUCAAGGCCGCCUGAAUGAAUCGUUUGUAGAGAAUGGCUUUUACCUUCAUCAUUGAAUGCAACAUACGUCACAUGUUGAGCAAGAGGACUGCUAAAUUCUCUACACUAAGAAGAGGUUUUUCUUGGCUUAUUUAACUAUUUAAAAGUAUCUAUAGUUUAAUAUAGUAUAUCUGACAAAGCAGUAAACUUAGUGAAAAACAGCAAAAGUAGCGUCAGGCAGCCCAUGCAUCGGGAGACCUUGAAUUGAGCAGCUAUAAUCUGGGGUAGCAGCAUCACAUUGCUCCGUUUAAAUCAAACCACAGGCGUAUCUCUGAAAUAUUCUUAUGGAGGCUGUAUUGAACUGCAAACCAGAGGACUUGGAGGAUUACUACGGGUUAUUAGGAUGUGAUGAGUUGUCGUCGACUGAGCAGAUUCUUAAUGAAUACAAGAUCAGAGCUUUGGCAUGCCAUCCAGACAAACAUCUGGACAACCCCAAAGCAGUGGCAGAUUUCCAAAAGCUACAGGAAGCCAAAGAGGUUUUAUGCAAUGAAGCCAAAAGAAAAAACUAUGACCUUUGGAAAAGAAGCGGCAUCACUAUUCCAUUUAAUGAGUGGCAAUCUUGGAGUGAUUCUGUAAAGACUUCAAUGCACUGGGCUGUGAGAACCAAGAAGGAACCAAUGUUGGAGGCCUCCAUACCAGAUGAGCCAGAAACUUCACAAACAGAGGACCAACAAUGCCAACAGGAGGCAUCAGAGAUCCCUUCAUAUGAUGCUGAGCCUUCAUCAAGUGAUUACUGCCAUCUUCGCUUCAGGUGGGCUGCUGACUCUCCAUCCUGCCUGCUGCAGAAGUUCAGAAAUUAUGAAAUAUAAAUAUAAACUGCUAAAUUAUAUUCAAGUGUUUGUGUUUUGCUGUUGUCAAAUAUUCAUUUGGGAUCCUGUUAAUUGUGGUGACAAACUUUGCGUUUGUCUGGCUGUGACCCUGCUAAACAUCUCUGAUAAAAUGAAAAAAUGUGAACUGGUGUUUGUGUGGCUGUUACAGCUGUAAAAGACCAUCUAAACAAAAUCUAACUGUUGAUUGUUAGAUUAUAUGAAUAAUUUAUUAUCUCAUUUCUUGUCCUCAGUUAUAAUUUUUUUAAAUUUAUUUUUCAGUUAUCAUUUAUUCCAAACACGCUAUGAAGAUAUGAUGAUGCUAAUACUUGUAAUCUUGUAAUGUGUACUUUAUGUGCUGCAGGGUCCAUUAUUGUGCUAAUAUGUACUAUUUAAUGUCUUUAACUGUAAUAAAGGUAACAGUUGUGCAGCUUUAACCAUGUAUUUGUUUGGAAAUAAAUUAUUUAUUGUUGUUUGA